AAUUUGAGUUGUUGAGCUAUUUAUGAAACUGGAAGAGAAUCAGAGCAUAGGAAGUAAUAUUCAACAAAAUGUAUCGCACUAGCAUGUCUAUGCCGUUAAUGGUGGUGUUAGGCAUGACUCUAGUAAUUUGCUUGGCAAAUGGGCAAGCUACACCCCCUUGCGCUAAACACCUAAGUCCAUGUCUUGAUGUCAUGAACUCCACUAAGCCACCCGACACAUGCUGCAAUCCAAUCAAAGAAACCCAGAGUACAUGUUUCUGCCAACUUGUAUCAACUCCGGGUAUGCUUGAAGGUAUUGGUACCACUAUCGCUCAGGCUCUCAAACUUGCCAACUUAUGCGGUGUCAACUUCACACUCACCACCUGCAAAGCCUCUACUUCGGCUCCGCCUCCGUCCUUGGUGCAACCCCCGGCAACGUUAGGAGGUGAUGAAGGAGGUGCAAGCAGAGCUGCAUUUACCGGACUCUCCUUCGCACUGUUCUUAUGUGCUUGUGUGUUGUUUAAUUAGGAAGGUGGACUUUUAGAAUACCUUACCUCUAUUGGAGUUGAUAAUUCCUUAAUUUCCAUUAUAUCGACCAAUAUGUAGUCUCUCAAACGAUUACAUUCUCCUUUGUUUUACGAUUUCUUAUCAAUGUUUCUAAGGUUGGAAAAUUAUUCAAUUAGUCACAAUUUACUAAUAAGACUUUGAUUUAACCAAGUUGAAGUUA